GCUCGAAGCCUCUGUUGUCAUUUGCAACAACUUUAUUAGCAAAACCGAGACUAGCAUGACGGAUCCGCCGCCUUGAACUGAACGGGCUGUGGCUAAGCCCACUGCUUUCAAAACAAAAAUUGAAAAUCUGCUAAAAAAAGUAGUAGAGUAGGAGUAGUAAAUGAAUGCAAGUAAAGUGAGGAGUCGGUGUGAAAAUGGAUGAAUGAAUGCUGCAAAGAAAAGAAAUGGAGAAAGCUAAAGUUGCUGAACUCUUAUUCUCAGACGCCAAGGCAAACAGGAAAGGAAAAGCAAAGCAAAGCCAAGAAGCCCAAAUCUACACUCGCAAGGUGAAUUUACCAAAUUCUAAAACAAACCCUUAAAAUCUCCUUACAUGUGUCCUCUUCAAGUAGCCAAAUGUUCACAAAUCCCACCUCUUCCUUACUCCUCCAUCCCCUAAAAUGCCGGAACUGCUGAAUCCAUACCUUUCAACCACAACUCCAACAACACCAAGAACAUCAAGGAAUGGCCAAACACCCCGUCGGGUGCCUCCCUUUGCAGAAGCGAUGUCUCUUUGCUCUCCUUCUCAUGCUCUCCAUCUCCACCGUCAUCGCUUUCCUCAUCAAAGCCGCUUUCGAUUCCUGCGAUCGCCGCUUCGAACUUGUUCAGAAACCUACUCGCUCCUCCGUCACUGCUUCGCCUAUCAAGCUGCCUCCUAAUCCUCUCACUUUCAUGAAGUCCAAGCACGUUCUCUUGGUCUCGCAUGAGCUCUCUCUGUCUGGUGGACCAUUGUUAUUAAUGGAAUUAGCUUUUCUACUAAGAGGUGUUGGUGCCAAAGUUUUUUGGGUUACCAUCCAGAAACGUUCAGAAACUGAUGAGGUGAUAUACAAUUUAGAGCAAAAGAUGCUAGUCCGAGGAGUACAGGUAUUGUCUGCAAAAGGCCAAGAAGCUAUAGAUACUGCUCUUAAAGCUGAUAUGGUUGUUUUGAAUACUGCUGUUGCUGGGAAAUGGCUGGAUGCUGCUCUGAAGGAAAACGUUCCUCGUGUUCUCUCAAAAGUGUUAUGGUGGAUUCAUGAAAUGCGAGGGCAUUAUUUUAAAUUGGACUAUGUCAAGCACCUGCCUUUGGUUGCUGGUGCUAUGAUUGAUUCACAUGUGACAGCAGAAUACUGGAAAAAUAGGACUCAAGAACGUUUGAGGAUUAAAAUGCCUGAGACCUAUGUUGUUCACCUUGGAAAUAGCAAAGAACUUAUGGAGGUUGCUGAAGAUGGUGUGGCAAAAAGGGUUUUGCGUGAACAUAUUCGGGAGUCUCUUGGAGUACGAGAUGAAGAUUUACUCUUUGCCAUAAUUAACAGUGUUUCACGUGGAAAAGGCCAGGAUCUAUUUUUGCGUUCCUUCUAUGAGAGCUUGGAGUUGAUCCAAGUGAAGAAGCUGAAGGUGCCAUCGAUGCAUGCAGUAAUUGUGGGCAGUGACAUGACUGCUCAGACCAAGUUUGAGGCAGAAUUACGGAAUUAUGUGAUGCAAAAAAAGAUUCAAGAUCGUGUUCACUUUGUAAACAAAACUGUUACUAUAGCUCCCUAUCUAGCAGCUGUUGAUGUUCUUGUUCAGAAUUCUCAGGCAAGGGGAGAAUGCUUUGGGAGAAUAACCAUAGAAGCCAUGGCGUUUCAGUUGCCUGUGUUGGGAACAGCAGCAGGUGGCACCUCAGAGAUUGUUGUGAAUGCGACUACAGGUUUAUUGCACCCUGUUGGAAAAGAUGGGAUAACCCCCCUUGCAAAGAACAUAGUCAAACUUGCCACUCAUGUUGAGAGGAGGCUUACAAUGGGGAAGAGAGGAUAUGAGAGGGUCAAAGAAAUGUUUUUGGAACAUCAAAUGGCACACAGAAUUGCCGCAGUGCUGAAGGAAGUGCUGCAUAAAUCUAAAGGCCAUCCACAUCCAUGACAUUUUGAACAUCACCUUUUUACCUCUCAAUGCAGGACAUGGUUGUCUACCAAGCGCAAGCAGCAUUGCAAGGCUACUCCGUCCAAAAAUCAACAACCUAAAGAGGUGAGCAACUAAUAGUCUCCAAUGAUAGAAAUCUGUAAUUGUGGCUAAAGUCUUUUCUCUGUUGUCCUUUACCCCGUCUUUAGAAAGAGCUGUAAAUUAUGUACAUACUUGGAUGAGUCAUCUUCGACACCUGUUUAUAUAGUUGGAGCUAUCGGUGAAGGUAUGGGAAGAUAUUGCAACAUACGGUGAAUAUGAUUGGAAAGUUGUUCGAUCUUAGUCUUGACAUCCUGUGACUAUGCUUGCUAGAUCAUUAGGUUCAUGAAUCAUAAAACAGUAUAUUCUUGUUAUCAGGAGCAAAUAUCUGUGAUCUAAUGCGUUGAAGAUAGAUUUCAGCGAGGUAA